GAUACUUAGCACAUUUUGAAGGGCCGCAAUACAGAAUGCCCAUUCAGAAGAGAAGCAUAGCUGGCCCAGUAUGGCCCCUCAGAUUGGGUGCCGUUGCGGGCAUGGGGCGUGCCAAACCCGCACCCAAUGACAGCCAGCACCUGUCCUGGACUAGCUUUUCAUUCAUUUAGGGCGCCUGCGUAGAUGCAUGCAAUGACUUAGCGCGCUCAACCGUUUCACUGUACUCUGACCGCUCCAUUUCGACUACCAGUUUUGGGCAGAGGAGAAACAUGCUCGGCGUGACUUUCACAAGUCGCGCUGCAUUGGAAGAGGACGUGGUGGACCGAAAGAAGGACAAGAAAGACAAAAAGGACAAGAAAAAGAGCAAGAAAGAUAAGAAGGACAAGAAGGAGAAGAAAGACAAGCGCAAGGGGCAAGGCAGCGAUUCAGACGGAAGCAGUUCGGAUGGCGAUGGUGCCGGUCCCGCGCGGGGAGGCUCCUCUGGGCCCGACGGCAAGCCCGGCGGUGACUCGAAGGGCGGUGCCGAGCAGCAGCAGAAGUCAGGCUCGGAGCCGCCGUCAAUUCAGCGCGAGGAUUGGAUGACCAAACCCAUGAAGCGCGAGGGCCUCACACGGACGCAGCAGGAGGCGGAGGAGGACCGCAAACAGGAAGAGGAGGAUAAGAAAGCCGCGGAGCCGGAAAUCGUGGCGGGCCUGAAGAUAAUGAAGAAGCCGGAGCCCGGCUCGGCAGCUGGAGCAGCAGCAGCAGCCGGCGGCAGCGCGCCGGCAGGGGCAGCGGCAGCAGCCGGUGGCGGCGCGGGAUCGGGCCGGCCGGCGGCGGGUGUGGUGGGCGAUGGCGGCGCCAGCUGGCGGCUGAAGGCGCUCAAGCGGGCGCAGGAGCGGGCCAAGGCGGAGGGGAAGAGCCUCCACGAGGUGGUGGGUGAUCGCUACGGCUCCGUCGCGCAGCUGACUGAGGACCUGUCCGCAAUGUCGGCGGCGCAUGGCAAGGCGCACCUGCGUGCGGCGGCGGAGCGGCGGCGGCAGCACGCCGACCCCGUGCCGCACUACCUGCAGGACGUGGGUAGCGACCGCAGCAAGAUGAUGCGGCCCUCAGACGACACCUCGCUCUCCUGGCGCCGGGACAGGCCAGACAGGGAGCGCAGGGACAGGGACCGGGACGCGGCCGCAGAGGGCGCGGGCGCGGGCGGCAAGGGUGACACGGCGCCAGCAGGAGCAGCAGCAGCAGCAGCAGCUGGUGGUGCUGGUGGAGAGCACCGGGAGCGGGAGCGCGAGCGGCGGGAGGGUGACCGCGGUGGCGGCGGCGGCUCGGAGCCCACGGAGACGGGCCGGCGGGAGGGCGGCGGCCGCGGCGGCGGCGAUCGGGACCGGGAUCGGGACCGGGACCGGCCACGUGAGGAGCGUGCUGGCGGAGACCGUGGCGGCGGCGGCCGUGGCGGGGGAGAGCGGCGGGAGCGGGGUGACAGGGAGGGAGACCGGGGGCCUGCGGACCGGAGAGACCGGGACCGGGAGCCCCGGGACAGGGAGGGCGACAGGGACGGGGACCGGAGAGACCGGGGCCGCGACUGGGACCGCGGGCGAGACCGGGAAGGAGGCCGCGGCGGCGGCGGCGGCGGCGGCCGUGGCGGCGGCCGGGACGACGGCGGCGCGCCACGUCACUCCAAGGAGCAGACGGCGGCGCUUCAGCAGCUGGCCGGCGCCUUGAACCAGUUCCGCGACGACGGCUCCUUCAUGGACCGAUUCAUGUCCGUCACGCAGCAACGGCAGCAGCAGCAGCAGCAGCAGGGGAGAGGGCAGCAGCAGCAGGGCCCCGAGCAGGAGCAGGAGGAGGAGGAGCAGGGCGCGUCACCUCAGCGCGGGGACCACGACGACCACGGCCGUGAUGAUGGCGACCUGCGGCCGGGGCCCAGCGUCCGCGUGAAGCAGGAGGAGGGGGCGGAGGAGGGGGUGGAGGACGGGGCGGGGGCGGGCCCCGGGCCGUCCGGGGCAGGGGGCCGCGGCGGCAUUGGCAGCGGAGGCGGCGGCAACCGCGCCAUUGCGGCGAUGCUUCGCGGGAGAGGGGGCUCCGGGGCGGCAGUGGUGGCGGCGGCGGCGGCUACUGGCGGCGGUGGAGCUGGGGGCGGUGGUGCGGAGGAGGCGCGGCGGGGGCAGAGUGGCGACGAGGGGGCGGCGGAGCCGCGGGCACGGCGAGCGCCGCUGUUCGUUGGCGGCCCCGGCGGCGGCGGUGGCGGUGAUGACGACGAGCAGGGGCGGCAGGGCGGCGGCGGAAGACGAGGUGGCGGCAGCGGCGUGGCGAACAAGAGCGCUGCGGAGCUGCUGCGGGCGCGGCUAAAAGGCCUACCGCCGCCGCCUGCCGCGGUGGCGGCUGUCGCGGCCGCGGCGGUCGCAGGUGUCGUGAAGCGCGAGGAGGGCGAGGACGAGCACGGCGGCGACGGCGGCGGCGGCGGCUCGCGGCGCGAGGUGGUGCAGCUGCCGCUGGUUGAUGCCUCGGGUCGGGCGGUGCGCGGCGCGUUCGGUCGCGAGGCGGCGGGCGCCGGCACCGCCCCCAACGCCGGCAAGCGGGCGGGACAGAAGGCGCCUCAGCGCUACAACAAGGAGACGGGCGAGAAGGAGCGCUACUUCGCAGAUGACGACAAGGUGGACCUGGCCACCAUGGUCCGGCGCGCCAAGUACGGCGACGACGACAUGCAGCUGGACGAGCACCUGGCCGUCAACAUAGCCAAGAAGAGGAAGUUCCGCGCCAACGACCUAGACGCGGACGCCGAGUACGACUACGACGGCGGCAUUGAGAUGUACGAGAACAGGAGCAAGCGGGGGAACGUGGAGGCGCAGAAGUCACGGGAUCGCAACAGACAGGUGGCGGACCUGCGGCGCCAGUCUCAGGCGGAGGCGGGCUGCAUGAUGUGCCUCAGCAACCCCAAGCGGCCGGCCUUCCUCACUGUGGCGCUGGGCACCUGCACCUACCUGUCCCUGCCCGAGCGGGGCCGGCUGGUCCGCGGGCACUGCUGCAUCUCGCCCGGCGAGCACCUGCCCUCCAUACGCGGUCUGGACGAGGGUGCCUGGACCGAGGUGAAGAACUUCAUCAAGUGCCUCAUCCGCAUGUGGGGAGCGCAGGGCCAGUCCGUGCUGUUCAUGGAGACGUACAUGCUCCGGGGCGGCCGCCGCAACCACGCCGUGCUGGAGGCCUUCCCCGUCACGGAGCGGCAGCUGGAGAAGGCCAAGGGCUACUUCAAGAAGGCUCUGCUGGAGGCGGAGAGCGAGUGGAGCACCCACCACGCCAAAGCGGUCAUCGACACCACCGCACAGAAGGGCCUGCGCGAGUCCAUUCCGCCCAACUUUCCCUACUUUUACGUCCAGUUCGGCUACGGCGCCGGCUACGUGCACGUCAUUGACGACGAGUCCAAGUUCGACCCCAAUUUCGGCCGCCAGGUGCUGGUGGGCCUGUUGGACCUGCCGCCCGAGCUCACCCACGCCCGGCAGCGGGCAGAGGCGCCGGCGGCACAGCAGCAGGCAGUGCGCGAGUUCGAGGCGCUGUGGGAUCCCUACGACUGGACGCGGCAGAUCGACGCUUGAGAGGAGGCUUUGGAGGCUGUUGUACGUGUGCGGGAACGCGAAUUGGGUUCUGGGGAGAGGCGGAAAGGUUGUGUUGGGGAGGAGGCAGUAUGGGGCAUUGCAAAGAUGGUUGCAAAGGGGGUACAGGAUGCACUGGGAAGGGUAAUGCGGGAAGGUGACCGCUACUCCUUGCAGCAACGGAACACCCGCACCCUACUGGAAUGACUGCUUGGUUGUUCGUGGUUGGAAAGCAAUGCCGCUGGUAGUGUACCUGAUACAUGGGGUGCGGUCUGGAGUACAAGGUGACGAGACACCCCGAGCGUGCAAGUAAGCACGUAGAAAACAUGGAAUGCUGUCAGGGUCCGACUUGGAUUCUCCUCCAAGGCUUUAACCCUGGUGUUGCUGCAAGGACUGCCGGCCAACGCCGCACGACCGCGCGUAGCGCCAUGGCAUGCCUUCGGAGCUUAAAUUGCGCGCGCAAUGCUGUCUGGCAUUGAGGCACGUGCAUGCCUGCGGUCCAGCGCUCUGCUGCUCGUGUAACGGAUGGAGCUU